CUUAGUAUCACUUUACCCUGGUCUUCCUAUCCAAGCCAUCCAGGUACGGCACAGUCCUUAAAAGCCAACCCAUCCAGCAACAGAAGUCCCCUUUCUUCUUCCAGCUCCAUCCCGACUAAUUCCCUUCUGACCCCCUUCCAACAAACCUCAAUCCACCACAAUGACCGCCCCAUCCCACAUCUCCAACUACAACCAGUCCACCUACUGGAUUGCUCACGCCCACAACUUCCGCUCCUCGGCGCGCCUGCACCUCCAGCACUUCCUGUACCAAAACACACUGGGCUAUCUCCUGGAGCCUGCGAUCGCGAAGGCCGUAACGGCCGCCGCGCAGCAGCAGCAGCAACCCCUCAAGAUCGCCGAUCUGGCCUGUGGCAAUGGCGUCUGGCUCACCGAGCUACACACCCAAUUGACCACGAACCACGGUCUCUCCGUGCAGCUGGAUGGCUUCGACAUCAACCCGGUCAACUUCCCCGCCGCGGCCUACCUCCCCGGCGGCGUGUCGCUGCAGCAGCUGGACAUCCUGGCCACCCCGCUCCCCGCCCACCUCCUCGGCGCCUACGACGUCGUCCACAUCCGCGCCUUCGCGAGCCUGAUCGGCCCGGACUCGAACCUCACCCCACUCCUCACGGUGGCCUCGUCCCUCCUCAAACCCGGCGGCUACCUCCAGUGGGAGGAGAACCGCGGGGACCUGUUCCUGGUCGAGGCCCCCACCCCGGACAUCCCCAAGGCGGCCUGCAGCCAGGCGUCGCAGGUGCUACAGGGCGGGCUGCGCGCCAAGGGCAUUAGCAACGCCUGGGUGGACGCGCUGGACGCCCCGCUCACGCAGUUCGGGUUCCAGGAGGCCCGUCUGCGGCCCCACGACAAGCGGCCCCAGGACUACAAGGCCUGGACGGAGAACUACCUGAUCGUGUGGGAGGAGCUCGCCGCGCUGUUCCCGCCCAAGGCUGAGGCGCCGAAUGCACCCCUCUCCCGCGAGGCCUGGGUCGCCCUGUUCACCGCGGCCGUCAAGGAGACGGAGCAGGGCGUCGUCGUACAUCAGGGCCGCGUGGUCACUGCAGUCGGGCGGAAGCCGCUGGCUUGA